ACAAUUUCACACACUUUCUAAUAGAGAUCUACAAUUUGGUUUAAAGUAGUGGUUUUAGAAAAAGUUGUGAAUAAAACAUCAUUAAUUCAAUACCACAACUAUAUUUACAGUUUUAUUUACUUUUACUAACAGUUAAUAUGUGUCAGGUAAACGGAGAAACGUUUUCACCCAAACUGGAGCCUCAGAUUAUACAUGGCAAAGCUUGUGUAAAAUGUGAGAAGGAUUCUGUUAUUGUUGUUGGGACAAACGGAACAUUUUGCAAGGAUUGCUUUGAAGUUUACUUCAGCCACAAGUUCCGAGCAUCCAUGGGUCGCAACCCACUUGUGCGACAUCAUGAUAAAGUUGCUCUCGCUUAUUCUGGUGGUAAUAACUCAUCUGCUUUGCUUAAUCUUAUUAAAAAGGGUUUAGAUCCAGCAACUGUUAAAAAAUUAAAAUUUACACCGGGUUUGAUAUUUGUUGACGAACGAAUACUUUAUCCAAGUGAUGACUAUGAAAAAGUGAAAGAAAUUGAAGAAAUAAUGCGCAACACUGGGUUUCCUUAUCACAUUGUUAAACUGGAGGAGGUUUUCUCAACUGAAGAUACAGAUGAAAAAAUGACAAAUGCAGAAAAACUUGAAAAGUUGUUUAACUCAAUCACAACUCUAACAUCAAAGCAAGAAACACUUUAUAGGUUAAGGUGUUACUUGCUGUCACGCAAAGCAAAGGAGCUCGGAUACGAUCAUGUUUUUAUGGGUGAAACGAGCACUAGACUUGCCAUUAACAUUCUAUCCAACUUUUCGUUGGGUCGUGGGGUCCAUCUACCCCAGGAUACUGGGUUUUCGGAUGGCUUAAGGUUUGAGGGGGUUGGGGUAAAGUUGUUACGGCCGAUGCGAGAAAUGAGCAUGAAGGAGAUAGCAGUUUAUAAUGCUCUGAAUAAAGUUCCGACUGUUUUCCUUCCAAAUCUCGCAACAAGCCAAUCAGUGACAUCUAGUGUUCAAAAUCUGACGGAGAAUUUUAUCCUCGGACUUGUAGCGGGAUUUCCCUCAACUGAGAUGACCGUGUUCAGGACUUCAAAUAAACUUCACGGGAAAAAUGAUGAGAAAAAAUCUAGAGGUUGUUGCCGUUUAUGUUUCGGAGCCAUCGACACGGAGUGUGGCACGGCACAAGCCACGGCUCUGCGCCACACAUUAUUCUCUGAAGCCAUCAAUACCAGCCACGCAAGUUCUACUUACAAUGAUUCAUCCAUUAAUAUAAUGGAUGUACCAACUCUUAUCCAACCAUUGGAAUAUCAAAACCUACAAGUUUGUUACGCAUGUCGACUGUUGGGUAAAGAAGUCACACAAGAUGGAAAAGAUAUUCUUUUUCCUCCUGUUGUUACCAUGACAACUUAUCCAGAAAAGCUACUAUCCUCCAAUGACAUAAAGAACAAACUAAAUGGGAUUUUAUUAGAAGACUAGAAUUUUUAUAAAGUAGAAAAAAUUAGAUUGACUUUUCGGCGGACAUUUUGUUUUUAUUGUAAAAAUUGGUGUUUUUAAUAUUACAUUUCACUACACCAGUGUUCAGUGAUAUUUUUUAGUUUUAAGAUGAAAUUAUUAAAUUGGCAACACUGCACAAGUUCUAAAUGUCUAUGACAUUACAAAUAAAUAAAUACAGAUUUUUAAAA